AUGGAGAAUCUCAAGGCCCCCAAGAGCUGCGACUUAGUUCUGCUGGAGAACAAGAAGAGGCGACAGCCAUUCUCUACAGGGGUAACACCAUGGGGUGAACUCAGACGCAGCGGGCACCGUCCGCACGCAUCCGGCUGUGGACCGGAAGCGGGCCUGAACGCGGCGAGUGCGGGCCCAAGACUGCGCGCUUGGUUUCCACAGCAACAGCGCGGGCGCGCGGGCUGCGCUUGCGCAGCUUCUCGCCCCGCCCCGGCUGGGACGGCAAGGGGCGGGGCCGAGGGCGGGCUUCCCGGGGACCUGGUGGUAACCCAGUGCGGGCGCUCAGUGGGUCCUAGGGGACUUGCCCGCGGAGCGCUCCGUCCCCGUCACCGGGCCGGCGGGAGUGCGCGCUGCGGCGUGCGCAGCCUCCUUCGGCCCCCGCAGCUUGUAACGCGCGCCCCUCCCGGGCGUCGGCGCUCCGGCGUCCUGGCUGCCCGCGCCCUGGCCUGGCUGCUCCUCUGGGCGGCUGGGCUGGUCGGCAGGCUCGCCGCGGACCUCAGCGAUGUCCCCUUCAGCUCUGGUAUAAGGGCCACUUGUUCUGAAAUCAUUUUGAGGCAAGAAUUUUUGAAAGAUGGUUUCCACAGAGACCUUGUAAUAAAAGUGAAAUUUGGAGAAAGCAUUGAGGACUUACAGACUUGCCGGCUCUUAAUUAGACAUUACAUCCCAACAGGAUUUUUUGUGGAUCCGUAUGAGUUGGCUUCAUUACGAGAGAGAAACGUAACAGAGGCAGUGAUGGUAUCAGAAAGUUUUAAUAUAGAAGCCCCCAACUAUUUGUCCAAAGAAUCCGAAGUCCUCAUCUAUGCACGACAAGAUGCACAGUGCAUCGAUUGCUUCCAGGCCUUUUUGCCUGUGCACUAUCGCUAUCAUCGGCCACAUAAGAAAGAUGGAGACACCCUGAUUGUGGUCAACAACCCAGAGUUACUGAUGUACUGUGACCAAGAGUUUCCUGUUUUGAAAUGCUGGGCUCAGUCAAAAGUGGCAGCUCCCUGUGCUUUGAAAAGUGAGGAGAUCUGCCAGUGGAACAGCAUGCAGUAUAAAUCAAUACUUAAGAAUUUGACCCUGCAAGUUCCUGUGGGACUGACUAUACACACCACUUUAGUGUGUUCUGUGACUCUGCUUAUUACCAUCCUGUGUUCUACUUUGAUCCUGUUAGCUGUUUUCAAAUAUGGCCAUUUUUCCCUGUUUCUCUGCUGAUGCAAUAAACCAUAUCAAGCUGAAUUAAAAGUCCAGGGUUAAUGAGCCAAGCACUCUCUCAGGUGACUCUCAAGCCCCCCAGAAGUGAGGGGGGUGGAAUCACAUGGCAGGUCUAUGGACCAGAGCUUAAAUACCCUGUAGGCUUGGUCUUGAGCAGCUCUGGGGAGAGGAGCCACGGCUUGUUGGGCUUUCAACUAACACUGCCCUGCCCCCCCCUUCCUCUUUUUAAAAAAAAAAAACAAAACUGAAUUAUUAUAUGUGAUCCAGGCUGGUAUUGAACAUUUCUGCCUUAACCUCCCAAAUGCUGGGAUUGCAGGCAUGCACCAUCGAAUCUGACAAUCUAAUGAGCUUAAAGGGUAAACCAGGUAACAUUACUCCUGUUUAAAAUUGUUUAAUGGCUUCUUGAAGUAAAGUGCACACUUCUUACCAUAUCAA